AAAUUCGAACGUUGACCGAAAUCGUUCGGAAUUUUAUUUUGCCAUCCAAGUGGAAAAUCCGAAUUUCGCAUCCGAAUAGGAUUCGUAGAUACAAAAUCCCUAAUUGUCAGUUAUUUUUUUUUUUGUUUUGUUUUUUACACCCUACGAGUUUUUCAAACGAUCGAUCAGUCAAAUCCAUUCCAACUACGGAUCUUGGUGACGUCGUCGUCCGCCAAAAUAACAGCUGAUAAGAUACUUAUCGCGCUGCUGGUAGCCUCCACAACCACCCCGCGCGCCCACCGACGAUCCACGUCCACUGGGCGAAAGAGCUUAAUCAGCAGCAGCGACGCGGCGCAGCAUUUGUGGCCUUGUAAUCCGCGGCAGCGCCAAGAUGCCACAGACAAAGCUAAAGCAGCAGCAACAGCCACAGCCACAGCAGCAGCAACAGCCACAGCCACAGCAGCAGAAGCCGCUGCAGAAACAUUCCAGCACCAGCUCCACGAUCAUCGCCAAGCCGGAAAAGGAACGGAAACGCACGCAGACGAUCGGCGAAACCGACAUGGAUCUGUCGGUGCUCAAUGGACUGGCAGUGGGCGCAGAUGGAACCGCCGGCUACCAUGGUCACAAGCGAGAACUUGGUCACAGAGUGUUUGUGAACAGAUCGCUGCAUUUGGAGAAUAUCAAGUACUAUGGCUUCGAUAUGGACUACACCUUGGCAGAGUACAAGUCACCGCAGUAUGAGCAGCUGGGCUUCAACCUGGUCAAGGAGCGCCUGGUCUUCAUGGGCUACCCCAAGGAGAUCCUGCAGUUCGAGUACGAUCCCACCUUCCCAGUUCGCGGCCUGUGGUUCGACACUCUCUACGGGAAUCUGCUGAAAGUGGAUGCCUACGGCAACAUCCUGGUCUGCGUUCAUGGCUUCGAGUUCAUCAAGCAUCACCAGGUGUACGAGUUGUAUCCCAACAAGUUCUUGAAACUGGACGAGUCGCGUGUCUAUGUCCUGAAUACUCUCUUCAAUCUUCCGGAAACCUAUCUUCUUGCCUGUCUCGUCGACUUCCUAACCAACAGCAGCGACUUUGUGCGCGUUGAGCGCGGCAUCAAAGCUGGCGAUUUACUUUUUACCUACAAGUCGAUUUUCCAGGAUGUGCGACGUGCCGUCGACUGGGUGCAUUCCGAUGGCGAUCUGAAGCGUCGCACCACUCAGAAUAUGGCUCACUAUGUGAAGAAGGACGAGCGUUUGCCCACGGUCCUUUCGCGCAUCCGCGAGUCGGGCGCCAAGCUGUUUAUGCUGACCAACAGCGACUAUACGUACACCAACGAGAUCAUGACCUACCUGUUUGAUUUCCCCCAUGGCGCCACUCCGGAUGAGCCGCACCGCGACUGGAAGACCUACUUCGAUGUGAUCGUGGUGGAUGCGCGCAAGCCGCUCUUCUUCGACGAGGGCACCGUGCUGCGGCAGGUGGACACGAAGACCGGAAGCCUGAAGAUCGGCACCCACGUUGGACCCCUGCAGCCGGGUCAGGUUUAUUCCGGUGGCUCCUGCGAGCUCUUCACCAAGUUCAUCAAUGCCAAGGGCAAGGACGUGCUCUAUGUGGGCGAUCACAUCUUUGGCGAUAUUCUCAAAUCGAAGAAGAUCCGCGGCUGGCGCACCUUCCUAAUUGUGCCCGAGUUGGUGAGGGAGCUGCACGUUUGGACGGAUGAGUGCCAGCUGUUUGCGGAGCUACAGAACCUGGACAUCAAGCUGGGCGACCUGUACAGGGAUCUCGACUCGAGUGCCAAGGUCAAGCCGGACAUUUCGCAGCUGCGCACCUGCAUCCGGGACGUGACACACAAGAUGGACAUGUCCUACGGCAUGAUGGGCUCACUCUUCCGCUCCGGCUCGCGCCAGACCUUCUUCUCCAGCCAGGUUGUGCGGUAUGCCGACGUCUAUGCGGCCACCCUGCUCAACCUCAUUUACUAUCCAUUCUCGUAUAUGUUCCGAGCUCCGGCCAUGCUUCUGCCCCAUGAGUCGACGGUGGCCCACGAUCAGGCCCAUCAGCCGCCUCCGCCGCUGGGCCCUGUUCCCGCGGCCACGGGAGCCGCAUCGGUGGCUGCCUCGCCGGAUGAGUCGGCUCGCAUUUUGGCAGGCACCGCCGAGCACGUUAAGGACUCCAAGGACUUGCAUCGCGCAAGCUCCAUUGUGCACACUCGUCCGUCGACGCCCACCGUGGUGACCCACACCCACGACGAGGACUAUUCCGAGGAGGAGGAGACACCCAGUGGUGCCGAGUCUUCCACAGAGGCCGUGCGCGAUGCCUCCGAAGACUAGAUGAUGCCCCAGCCGCCCUCCCCCCAGCAGGAAUGUUUGGAUCAACGAAUUUUAUUCUCAAACUCAAACGAAAUCCACACCAUGGUCGAAGCAAUUGUGAAACGUACGAUUUUCCCUGGCGAUUUUACCCGAGCACAGAUAUGUGAAACUAUAUACCAUAUACGAUAUAUAUUAUAUAUUCUACAUUAGCUGGUUCCAUACAUAUAAUGUGUCUUUUUUUUAAAUUAAAACCAUAAAUUGCUGUAAUUGAAUGAGAA